AAAAAUUAAAAUAGAAAGCUAAAGAAGAGUUGUAUUAUAAAUAUUACACUAGUUCUCUUUCUCUUUUCAUCUUUGAAGCCAUGGAUGAUCAUAAGAACACAAUGAUAUCUAAUGUUUUUCUGUGUCUUUUUUUUCUUUGUCUUCCUCUCUUAGUUUCAGCAGAAUGUAGCUGUGAAACUGAACUCCAAGAGAACAACAGCAACAACAAGAUCAAAGCUUUGAGGUAUAAACUUGCUGCAAUAUCAUCCAUCCUGUUAUCCAGUGCACUAGGCGUUUCAGUCCCACUAUUGGGGAAGAAAAUCCAGAUAUUUCGACCUGAAAACAAUAUUUUCUUCCUGAUCAAAGCCUUUGCAGCUGGUGUGAUUCUUUCAACUGGUUUUGUACACAUUCUACCUGAUGCAUAUGAGUCCUUAACCAGCCCUUGCCUCCGGGAAAAGCCUUGGCAUGAUUUUCCCUUCACGGGGCUGGUGGCGAUGGUUUCUGCUAUGGUGACAAUGAUGAUUGAUUCAUUUGCCACUAGUUUUUACAAAAUAUCACAUUUCAGCAAAGCUUUGCCUGUGAACGGUGAUGAGGAGAUGAGAGGAGAGCAUGAGGGGCAUGUUCAUGUUCAUACUCAUGCAACCCAUGGACAUGCUCAUGGCUCUGCUAUUGCAUCACAUGAUUCUGGUUUAUCCGACCUUGUAAAGUAUCGUAUUGUAUCUCAGGUAUUGGAGUUGGGAAUUGUGAUUCAUUCGGUGGUAAUUGGGAUCUCCUUGGGUGCUUCCCAAAGUGCCAAGACAAUCAAGCCCCUUGUAGCAGCACUUACUUUCCAUCAAUUCUUUGAAGGCAUGGGUCUUGGUGGAUGCAUCUCUCAAGCAAAAUUUAAAUCCAGGGCAAUUGCAGUGAUGGUUUUGUUCUUCUCCUUGACUACCCCAAUGGGAAUUGGGUUAGGGAUUGGGAUAUCAAGAAUUUACAAUGACAAUAACUCCAGGGCUCUUAUUGUUGAAGGAAUAUUUAACUCUGCUUCAGCUGGGAUCUUGAUUUAUAUGGCACUUGUGGACCUUCUUGCUGCUGAUUUUAUGAACCCUAGAAUGCAAAGCAAUCUUAGGUUGCAGCUUGGUUCUUAUCUCUCACUUCUGCUUGGGGCAGGCUGCAUGUCACUCUUGGCCAAAUGGGCCUAAUUCCCUAGUGUGGCACUGUGGCUAGUGGCGCCACUUUAGCUUGUUCCGUACCAUUUUUGGCCUUUUUGUUCUUCUUCUUGUUGUUUUCUUUGUCUGAAUUGUCUUGUAAUCUUGUAAUACUGUAAUUGAGUUUGUUAAAGGUCAAUGUCAACCCUAAAAAUUUUACUUAUU